CCGGCAAGAUCACCCACAGCUAGCAAUCGCAUCAACUCUCAUUACAAAAAUCCACACUCCAUUUUCCUCUGAGAUCGUAGAGAAGAAAGCAGGAGAGAGGCACCGGCCAUGGCGGGCAUCAUCCACAAGAUCGAGGAGAAGCUCCACAUGGGCGGCGGCGGCGAGAAGGAGGAGCACAAGAAGGCGGAGGAGCACAAGAAGGCCGAGGAGAGCAGCAAGAAGAAGGACGGGGAGCACAAGGAGGGCGUGAUGGAGAAGAUCAAGGACAAGAUCACCGGCGACCACGCCGGCGACGGCGGCGAGAGCAAGGACAAGAAGGAGAAGAAGGACAAGAAGAAGAAGAAGAAGGAGAAGAAGAAGGACGGCGACGGCGAGCACGACGGCCACAGCAGCAGCAGCAGCGACAGCGACUGAGCCCUGUCGGCCGGCCGGCCACCCCGCCGGCGCCGUGCGCCCGUGCAUGCAUGACGCAGAUGAUGCUGCAGAUGAUUGGAGGAGUGCGUAGCAGGGAUAAUUAGUAUCUGUGGGAUUAGGCAGUGAUCUGUCUCAUGCAUGUUUGUGUGCUUGGAUUGCAGAAGAACAGGCAACGGUUUGCCUUGUGAUGUACUGCUAAUAAUGGCUGCACGGUGCUUUGUAAUAAUAACGUUAAUUAUUCUGAAAGUGAUGUGUAUUGGCGUAUUCACUGUGGUGCUUCA